AUGGACCAAAGCGUCCAGUUUCAGACCCAGCUGGACACCUUCCUGCUGGACUGCACAGCAGCCACAAGCCAGCUGUCCCCCUGGUCCUCUUUCGGCUGCCAGUCCAUGUUCCCGGACGCACAGCUGACCUUCACCGACCUCGACGUGCAGUCUCCGGGGGCGGGCGUCUGCGCUGAGGGAGAAAGCUCCUCCGUGGACGAACCCCUGGAGGUGACCAAGCGCAGGGCGCGUCGGCUGGUGUCUCAUCAGCCGUACAAGGUGCAGCGGCACGCCGCCAACAUCCGGGAGAGGAAGAGGAUGCUGAGCAUCAAUUCCGCCUUCGAGGAGCUGCGCUGCCACGUACCAACGUUUCCCUACGAGAAGCGGCUGUCAAAGAUAGACACUCUGAGACUGGCCAUAGCCUACAUCGCCCUGCUGAGAGAGAUCCUCAUGUCAGGCUGCGACCCCAAAUCCUACGUGGAUGAGUGCAUGAAGAACGGCUACAAGAAUCAAACCAACGCCAUCUGGAACACAAGUGGUGAGCUGAUCACUCUCAAUAGCCCAUAA